CCGGGACAACAUGCGACGUCCAUCACAAACAUCAGCCACCAACUUCAAGAACCUGGAAAGCCGCGGACAGACCUUAUACAGCAGGAAUUUCAAGCGCAAGGCCCAAACCAUUCAAGUUGUAACCAGGCGGUAAAAACAAAAGAACAAGCAUUAAGGCCGCGUUCCGCCAUGACAUCCCAUUCGACCCUCCAGAAGAUCAGCAAUCUCGAAACGCACCGCUUCGAGAAGCCCGUCAAGAAGAUCUACGAUGGCUCCGACGUCACAUUCUUCCUGACAUCUCUGGCAUACCGCGACAUCAUGACAUUUAUGCUCCAGCUGAAUCGGUCCGUCGUGCCUCGAAAACAGACCAUCAACGGGACAACAAAAGUGGUCACGUGGCCCCUGGGUUCGAAAGAUGUAGUCUUCUCAGAGUCCGUUGAGCGGUUACGCACGCUGUUGACCAAACUGAGCAAAUUCGUCGACGAUGUUCCUCCCGACACUGGACCGAGACGCUUUGGCAACGUCAGCUUCAGAAAAUGGUUCAAACUGGUCGAAGACCAACUGGACGACCUGUUACGCGAGCAUAUUCCGGGAUCGCUCGCCCCGGCAUACGAGGAAUUGGGGGCUUACCUAUUGGGCAGCUUCGGUAGUGCCCAACGACUAGACUACGGCACGGGACAUGAACUCAGUUUUCUGGCUUUUCUGGGGGCUCUGUGGAAGGUGGACUAUUUCGCCGAAGCAGAUAUCGGCGUGGAAGAACGGGGCAUUGUUUUGGGAGUGUUUGAAAUGUAUUUGUCGCUGAUCAGGAAAUUGAUCAAAACAUACACGCUGGAACCGGCCGGGUCGCACGGCGUCUGGGGACUGGACGACAAUUCUUUCCUGCCAUAUGUUUUCGGCUCGGCACAACUGGCGCCUCCCAUCACCGAGGCCGACGACACACCUACCGAAGGCUCGCUGCCGGAUGCGCCCGAGCCGUCCUGGGUGAGCAAGGCGAAUCUGGUGGAGAAAGAAAAGGACAAGAAUAUGUACUUUUCCGCCAUUGCGUUCAUCUAUGAUGUCAAGAAGGGCCCGUUCUGGGAGCACAGUCCUAUGCUGUACGACAUUUCUGGUAUUAGCGGUGGGUGGGGGAAGAUCAAUAAAGGCAUGGUCAAAAUGUACAAUGCUGAGGUGUUGGGCAAGUUUCCCGUCGUGCAGCAUUUUCCUUUUGGGUCACUGUUCAGAUGGGAGAAGGACCCUGAAGCCAGGCCCCCGCCGCCUUCCGCACACUCUGCCAGCCAGCCUCUGCGGGACCCCAUGGCCGCUCAGAGCAUAACGGCCGCAAGGCCAGGAGGUGCUCCGGUCAGUGUCGGCACCGCAGCUCCUUGGGCAUCCGCAGCCCCACCAUCCGCCCAAGCACCUUUGGGCUUUGUUAAUGGUGUCACCCAGGCACCUUGGGCAAGUCGAAAUCCAGCACCUCCGCCUCCUCCGCGAGGUGGAUUUGCUCCACUUCAAAGACAAAAGAUGCCAGCGCUUCAGGAAACAUCGAGCAAAUCCGGACAAGCAGCGCCAGAUGCACCGAGGUAGCCGUAGCCGCCAGGCUGGGACUGUGGCUAGAACAGGAAUAUGAACAAAAAAUGAACAAAAUCAUGACAUGUACGAUGUGACCAUGACUAGAGUACCUUAGGUAGCGCUAUGAAAUGAACACUGGGUAUCCGCAAGAAAAACCAAAUGACUGGGGUAUCAUGAAGAAUCCGAAUCCGAAUUGUAACCCACCAACGCCA